GCUGUCGAGCACGAUCGACGACUCCCAGCGGCCUUCCUUGCCAAGAGUCGCGGACAGGCUGCGCGGCCAUCGAGCUUCUAUUUCAGCAUCGGCGACCAGGGUCUUCUACUGGCGCGGCCUGAAGAAGGCCGAGAAGAUGUGGAACUUCAAGUGGCAUGGCCCUCGAUUAGCCAUCGGCUACGAGGGGAACAACGCGCGGGUUUCGCAUCGGAGCGCUACCCCCCAAGUGCUCCCCGAAGCAUCUGCGCCUUGGAAUGGGAUCUUCGACGCUCUGGCCCACUGCGACGAGCCCGAGUUCGAGGCGGGCGCGCCCUGCAUUGAGGACCCCCCGGGGACCGACGUCGAUUGCUACGACAUGACGGGCGACGACGAGCAGAUCCAUGAUUCGGCGGAGCCCGAGACGCUUUUCGACCAGCCGAUGUUCGACCGGGAGCGGCUCCAGCAGGCGCAUUCCAGUCGGGUCCCGGACGCCUUCAACCCGGAUCUGCACGAGCAGGGGCCCGAGACCCCGUGGGUUCACCAGGGCGUUUUCGAUCUCGACGAAGACCUCGACGCUGACGAGGAGCAGGAGACGAGCGUCGUCAGUUGCGGAGACUUCGCUACGACCCACUCGAAGAUGUACCUACCAGAAUUUGGCAGAAACUCGAGGCAAGGAUGGGGCGCCACGACCUACGACCCACUCGACGACGUGCCGCGCAGCAUCCGACGAUCGCUGCAAGACCGACAGAUCACCAAGAAGCCCAGGGUUGACGAGCACCUGAUCAUGGGGCUUUCCCUCAAGGAGCCGGUCGACCUUGAUUACUCGACUUUGUACCCGACCAGGUUCAGGCGCUUGGACCUCGCGGGCAUGUCGAGGUGCAAGGAGCUGACCUUCAAGUACCUGACGGGCGGCAACCAAGUCACAAUUUGGAGGGCUAUGAGUUCAGAGUGGGACAAGUGGCUGGCGUUCCACGCAGCACUCUACUGUUCCAAGGAGGAACUCGCCCAGCUCGAGCGCAAGCGGCCACAGCUCGCGAUUGCUGGCAGCAGGUGGGUUUCGACUCAGAAGGACGCGAAUACCUUCAAGCCGAGGCUGGUGGUGCAAGGGUGUCAGGAGAACGAUCUGGGCAUUCGUGCCGACGCUCCGACCCGGGGCCGAAACGCAUUUCGCUUUACGACUGGGUUUGCAGCUCAGCAUGGUUGGGUUGGCGGUUUCUUCGAUGCCAAGAGCGCCUACUUGAAGGCAGAGAGCAUCGACCGUGUUCUUAUGAUCAAGAUGCCGCUGGAUUCCAGGUCGGCGACGCCGACCACCUGCGCACGGGUUCAGAUGACGCCGGGGUUCGUCAAUGCGACCCACGAAAAAACGAUCAAGGUGAUCGAGCAUACCCCCAUCGACGCGAACCGCAAGAAGAUUCCCGAGUCAUUGGUCACCGAGCUCAAGCAUAGUCCGACGCUGGGAGUUCGGCUUGUCCGUGGUCGAGUUCGUGUUCUAUUGGCGCAGCUGGUGUUCUACGGGGACUCCGCCUUCGCCUAUGCCGAGGGCGAGCGCGCAGAGGCCCAUGCCAUCAGCGAGGCCUCCGAGCACGCAGAGCGGUAUCGCCAGGCGCUGACGGAGCUGAAGAUGACGGCACAGUUCGGAGAUCCACCAAAGCUGAAGGACGCGGAGCGGCAGGCGGACAACAUCAAGAUGACGAUUUUCACAGACAGUAAGAAUCUAGAAGAGACGGCGGAGCAGGAGUUAGCUUCGAACUCUGGGCCGAUCGUGAAGACGAGCAGCAGUCGGUCCAGCCAGGACCUGGCCAUCAUGCAGUCAUACAGUCGUGAAGGCUACACAGUGGGCUGGUUCUAUUACUUGCAGAGCGUGGCUUUCGGAGUCAUGUUGACUCUCUCUUGUCUGCUGGUGCAUGUUGCGAUCCAGAAGUUAACGCCCGCGCAGUCCAGGGCGCAGCACGUUGACCAGCACAUGGAGAUCAGGAUCAAGCCGACCACGCAGCCAAGGACGCAGCAGGUGGACCAGCAUGUGGAGAUCAGGACCAAGCCCAAACACAAAAAGGAUAUGUGCGACGGCGAUGUCCAG